AUGGCUUCUACUUCGUCUCUUUCACUCUUCCUCAUUCCUUCUUCUUCUUCAAUUCCUCCGCUAUGCUUAUCCCAAACCACUGCCAAAUGCAAACAACGUUUCUCAUUUCCUUCUCUUAAUACAAACCUUACAACUUUACCCUUUUCCUCCACUAAACGCUUCAUUACUAGAGUCUCGGAGGAGGAGGAGGAGGAGGAGGAGGUGGAGGAGGAGGAGGAGGAGGAGGAGUACAAAUUCCACAACUUCCCUGACCCAAUUCCUGAAUUUGCAGAUUCCGAGACCGAAAAACUCAAAAGCCACCUUCUUAAGAAGCUUCCACAGAAAGAUAUCUUUGAGGAUUCAGUUGAAGAAGUUGUUGGAGUUUGCACAGAGAUUUUCAGAACCUUCUUGCAUUCCGAGUAUGGAGGCCCUGGUACACUCUUGGUUUAUCCUUUCGCUGACAUGGCUGAUACUGUAACCGAACGGGGAUUGCCUGGAGGACCGCAAGCAGCGCGUAGUGCUCUCAACUGGGCCCAUGCUAAUGUCGAUAAAGACUGGAAUGAAUGGAGAGGUGGUAAAUAG